CGGCGUUCCCGCCCCUCUCGUGGGCAGAGCCGACAGCGCCUCCGCGGCGGCGAGACAGCGCCCUUGGUCUGGGCUCGUUCCCCAGCUGUCGCUGGCGACAGCGGCCGAGAGAAGUUAGGGUCGGACCGGACGCGUGCAGAGCUCCAGAGGAACCGGCCCCCUGCGCCCCGCCUCUCCGGGGGCUCCGCACCGGAUUUCCAGAUUUACAGGAUGGCUAAACAUUAAUGGAAAGAGAAGCAUAAACCUUCUUCUUUCACUAUGGAGGCAAGUUUGGCAGAUGGAGAACCUGACCGAACUUCGAUCUUGCCAUAUUCAGAAGUUGCUGAAGUUCAAGAGACACUUCUUGGUGAUAGCAAAGAUGUCCUUGGGCCAUCAAUUGUGGUAGCAAACAGUGACGAAUCUCAACUUCUGACACCAGGAAAGAUGAGUCAGCGCCAAGGGAAAGAAGCUUAUCCAACGCCAACCAGAGAUUUGUAUCAGCCGUCUUUUAGUCCAGCAAGUCCUCAUAGCCAGGGUUUUGAAAGAGGAAAAGAAGACAUUUCUCAAACUAAAGAUGAAUCUUCGCUUUCUAUGUCAAAGAGCAAGUCUGAAUCUAAACUUUAUAAUGGCUCGGAGAAGGAUAGUUCAGCUUCAAGCAAGCUCACCAAAAAAGAAUCUCUCAAGGUACAAAAGAAAAAUUACCGAGAGGAGAAGAAAAGAGCCACAAAGGAGCUGCUCAGCACCAUCACAGACCCUUCUGUUAUUGUCAUGGCUGAUUGGUUGAAGAUUCGUGGUACUCUAAAGAGCUGGACCAAGCUGUGGUGUGUGUUGAAACCCGGGGUGCUACUGAUCUAUAAAACCCAAAAAAAUGGUCAAUGGGUAGGAACAGUUCUUCUGAAUGCCUGUGAAAUCAUUGAGCGUCCAUCAAAAAAAGAUGGCUUUUGUUUUAAACUUUUUCAUCCUUUGGAGCAGUCUAUUUGGGCAGUGAAGGGUCCAAAAGGUGAAGCAGUUGGAUCCAUAACUCAGCCCUUACCUAGCAGUUAUUUGAUCAUCCGAGCUACUUCAGAAUCAGAUGGGAGGUGCUGGAUGGAUGCUUUGGAAUUGGCUUUGAAAUGUUCUAGUCUUCUUAAACGUACGAUGAUCAGGGAAGGAAAGGAACAUGACUUGAGCAUUUCAUCAGAGAGUACACAUGUGACUUUGUAUGGCUUAUUACGUGCUAACAAUCUCCACAGUGGUGACAACUUCCAAUUAAAUGACAGUGAAAUUGAACGACAGCAUUUUAAAGACCAAGAUAUGUAUUCUGAUAAAUCUGAUAAAGAAAAUGAUCAAGAGCAUGAUGAGUCUGACAAUGAGGUGAUGGGGAAAAGUGAAGAAAGUGACACAGAUACAUCAGAAAGGCAAGAUGACUCAUAUAUUGAACCUGAGCCUGUUGAACCUUUAAAGGAGACCACCUACACUGAACAGAGCCAUGAGGAACUUGGAGAGGCAGGUGAGGCUUCUCAAACAGAAACUGUGUCUGAAGAAAACAAAAGCCUUAUCUGGACACUGCUGAAACAAGUACGCCCUGGCAUGGACUUGUCCAGGGUGGUUCUGCCCACAUUUAUCUUGGAACCUCGUUCUUUCCUGGAUAAACUUUCAGAUUACUACUAUCAUGCAGAUUUCCUAUCUGAGGCUGCUCUUGAAGAAAACCCUUACUUUCGUUUGAAGAAAGUAGUGAAGUGGUAUUUGUCAGGAUUCUAUAAAAAGCCAAAGGGACUGAAGAAACCUUAUAAUCCUAUACUUGGUGAGAGUUUCCGUUGUUUGUGGAUUCAUCCCAGAACGAACAGCAAAACUUUUUAUAUUGCCGAGCAGGUGUCCCAUCAUCCACCAAUAUCUGCCUUUUAUGUUAGUAACCGAAAGGAUGGAUUUUGCCUUAGUGGUAGUAUCCUGGCUAAGUCCAAGUUCUAUGGAAACUCAUUAUCUGCCAUAUUAGAAGGAGAAGCACGGUUAACUUUCUUGAAUAGAGGCGAAGAUUAUGUAAUGACAAUGCCAUAUGCUCAUUGUAAAGGAAUUCUUUAUGGCACGAUGACACUGGAGCUUGGUGGAACAGUCAAUAUUACAUGUCAAAAAACCGGAUAUAGUGCAAUACUUGAAUUCAAACUAAAGCCAUUUCUAGGUAGUAGUGAUUGUGUUAAUCAAAUAUCAGGGAAACUUAAAUUGGGAAAAGAAGUCCUAGCUACUUUGGAAGGCCAUUGGGAUAGUGAAGUUUUUAUUAAUGACAAAAAGACUGAUAAUUCAGAGGUUUUCUGGAAUCCAACACCAGACAUUAAGCAAUGGAGAUUAAUAAGGCACACUGUAAAAUUUGAAGAGCAGGGAGACUUUGAAUCAGAGAAACUCUGGCAGCGGGUAACUCGAGCCAUAAAUGUCAAAGACCAAACAGAAGCUACUCAAGAGAAGUAUGUUUUAGAAGAAGCUCAAAGACAAGCUGCCAGAGAUCGGAAAACAAAAAAUGAAGAAUGGGCUUGCAAGUUAUUUGAACUCGAUCCACUUACAGGAGAAUGGCAUUACAAAUUUGCAGAUACUCGACCAUGGGACCCACUUAAUGAUAUGAUACAGUUUGAAAAAGAUGGUGUUAUCCAGACCAAAGUGAAACAUCGUACUCCAAUGGUUAGUGUCCCAAAAAUGAAACAUAAGCCAACCAGGCAACAGAAGAAAGUAGCAAAAGGCUAUUCUUCCCCAGAACCUGAUAUCCAGGACUCAUCUGGAAGUGAAGCUCAAUCAGUAAAACCAAGUACAAGAAGAAAGAAAGGGAUAGAACUGGGAGACAUUCAAAAUUCCAUCGAAUCUAUAAAACAAACACAGGAAGAAAUUAAAAGAAAUAUUAUGGCUCUUCGAAAUCAUUUGGUUUCAAGCUCACCUGCUACGGAUUAUUUUCUGCAACAAAAAGACUACUUCAUCAUUUUCCUUCUGAUUUUGCUUCAAGUCAUAAUAAACUUCAUGUUUAAAUAGAAGUUCUUUACAGUUGAAUCAAUGAACUGGAAUGAUCAGAUUUGGCCUGGGACCAAUGUUCAAGUUGGUUUGGUCUUUAUUAAAACAUCACAAUAUUUCUGAAACAAAACCUUAGAUUUAAAUGUAAAGGUAUUGACCUUUCAUACCUUUUAUCCUUAACUUGGAAUAAGAGUUAUUCUAUUUCAUUAUUAAUGUGAGCUAUAUGUUAAGUGCCAGAACAUUUCUAGCUUUUGUGAAAAUGUGUCUACAUGUGAGUAUAAUAAAUCCACAUGUGUACACAAUUGUAUCUUAUGUAUACCUGACAGUAGUCUUCGUAUUCUAUAGUAUGUUCUGAGAUACAGCACUAACGCUCAUAACAAAAAUGCUAUCAGCAUUAGAAAUAUAUGUAUAGUAAUCUAUUUUCUUCAUAAAAUAGGCAGAAAACUUUUAUCAAUAAGGAAUUACAAAAUGGGAAAUGAUGGGAUAAUAGACAUUAUAAAUAGGUCAAUACACUGUACUGUUAAAAAAAAAAAUCAUUUCCAAAGCACCCAGUUCAAUUGUCUUCUUAGAACCAGCUAAAAAAAGUGUGGUCAAAAUUAAUAUAUCGAGAGGUACAAGGUGGCAAAUUGCUUUUUAAAAAGUUUACACAAGAUUUUUUUAACCCCUAGAAUUUAAUAUUUAUAUAGAUACAAAUGCACGUACGUGUAUAUCAACAUAAAAAAUGGUAUGCAGCUACUUGGAUCUAUAGAUUACAUCUUUCUUAUCAUACCUAUAUAAUACCUUAAGCACUUAUUGAAAAAAGCGUGGUCAAAAUUGGUUGCUGUCCUUUUUUAUUUUUGUUUUUUUAACUCGGUCCAAUAACACAGGCCAAAUUCUAGACUUGUUUAUAGGGUAUAUGAAAUGCUGGUAGUACAUGUUUUUUCAUUAUGAAAAACUUAACUUUAGUUUUCAUUUAGACCCUAGUGUGUCCAAUGAAGAAGUAGAAUAGAAAAUAUUAAAAUAUUUUACUUCAAAAGCCAAAUAAGAGAAAGGCUAUAAGAAAAGAUACUUGGUGUGGUGGCAUUUUUGUGUACAUUAAAAUCAUUUUCUUUAAAAUGUGCAAUAAAUUGAGCAUCUAAGAACAUCAAGUUCUGAAGUUUAAUUUUUUUUAUUACCCUCUACGGUUCUUAGUGAUGUAAUUCUGUGGCAGAAAUGACAAUUCUUCAAGAUUCCUUUUUAUUCAGGCUCAGGCAAACUUUUUCCUAAUUUUUUUUUUUAGUUUAAUAUUUUUACUUUAUGUCUUUACAUAAAUAUUUAUAGUCCUCAAAAGCAAUUUUUGCAAAUGUAAGUUAAGGUUAGGAACACAUUGUUCUAAGAUAUACCUUAGAAUCAUGAAAGUAUAGAUUUCAAAAUGGAUAUUAAUGAAAAUGAUGGUCAGAAUAAUUGCUCUGGCUACAUUUGCUUUUGCCUAAGAAGAGACUGUUGGACACUAGUAAAAUUACAAUCAAUUGUUUAAUGCUAUGAUAAAAUUAAAGAAUGGUUGCUAAAUUACGACAAUUGAAAAGGACAAAAAAGAGCCUGCUUUUUUCCUGAUAUAGCUAUCUUAAGUAUCCUUAGGUUUUAUGAAGAGCUAUUUCCCAUGUAUUUUUGGCAAAACAAUGCUAUAUUCCAUAUGUACAUGUGAAAACAUUUUGUAAAUUGAUUAAAACACAGAUAAGAUGUACCUAUACCCAGGAUAAGUAUUGAUAUAAUUAAUGUAACUGCACUAGAACAGGUGGUUUUAUGUUUGUAUUUCAUACCUGUCACUGUAAUAUUGUACUCACUUUCUGUUACCAAUGUUAUGCUCAACUGUCUAUUCAUUGAUAUAUAUUUUGUAAAUAUUGUACAAUUUGAGCUUUUUAUGGUUUAAAUUAGUAUUAAUUUAUAUUAUAUAUAAUUUGAUUGGCUGAUCACAAAGUCGUUUCAUCAUUAAACCCUGAAAACUUAAAAUUUUUUGUUGGUAACCCCCCCUUUGAGAUUUUAGUCUUAUCCACUUGUGGGUUAUUUUCAUUUGGUCUAAAUAGUGUUUUAUUUGUAUAUGUAUCUUUCUAAGACUGGAAAGGUAAUUAUUUUCCUUAUUCUUAAAAAUUUUCUUUUUAGGACAGAUGUUAUGGGUUCUUAUUACCUACCCAGAGUCAAAAACUAUUUCAUGAGAAAGAGCAGGAUUACUCAAGACUGUUUCUUGUACACUCAAAGCAUUUUAUCUAAUCUAAUAGUCUUAUGCUUUUAGUUGUAUGAGUUCCUUUCUGUGAACUGAACACAAAACUCAGGAAUUGGCGGCUUAAUGUUAGAUUACUGCUUAUACCAGGCUUAGUAUGUGAAUCCUUUAAAACAAUUAACUUUGUAUUUAGCCAUAUAUGUAAAUGACUUUGAAUGUUCUCUACCUAAGAUUAAUCUUCUUUCACACGUGAAUUCAUAACAAUUGUGAUUUACAAUUCCCAAUUGUCUGAGAGCCUCAUAAUGGUUUCUAGGAUUUAAGAACUUAUGACCUGUUAUUUUCGUUUGAUCAAAAAUUUUAUUUUUUCAAAUGAAAAUUUAGGUAAGAAUUAUUGAAAUGUGCUUUUCUGUUUUAGUUAUUAAAUGUGCUAUGCCUUUGUUAUUCACCAUUUAGCAAGAUGUAGCUGGCCCAUGAAAAGACAAUAAUUAGGGCAUGUGAAAUAAGUAAAGUUUCAGCAAUAGAUAGUUCACUUGUAUUUCAUGUCAAUACUUUUUUGUAUCACUUAUAAGGUACAGUGUAAUCUUUGUCACCAUUCUGUUGAAAAAAUUGGCCUUGUAAAAUACAACCCUCAUUUAGUAUUCACGCUUUUGUGCCUUUAAGAAAAUACUUUUUGUCAUUUUAUGUUACAGAACUAUAAUGAUACAAAGUGUUUAUAGGCUUGUCAUAAAAGGAUCAUUUUUCUGUGUCACUUUAUUUCCUUUUAUAUAGCUAAGUAUAUUUAAAUGGUAAUGGUGUACUUUUAUAACGGUUUGUCUAUAUAGCUAUUUCAAAUAUAUUAUUUACCCUCACACAUUGAAGUAGAUUUGUCAGAUUAUCCUGAGUAUUGUAAACAGUGCCUUUUUGAUGGAAUUCACACUGUUUUGGUGUCAACUUGUGCCAUAUACACACAAAAUUCUGUGAAAGGCAGUUUUAACUUUUUGAAGAAUAUCUUAGUCAAAUAUUUAAGAAAACAAAUGUAUAAAAUUCCAUUUUUCCCAGUGUCUAGCAUUUCUAGUGAGCAGUGAAUAUAUUUUGGAGUUGUUUUUUCUUUGUUCGAUAUAAGGUGAUGAUGGCAUUAUUGAUACUGUAUAUUAUUUUGAAUUAUGUUAAAUUUACUACAGAAAUAAAAUAUUAAAAUUAGCAUUUGUACCAAAUUUUCCAAUUUGAACAGUGGGGUAGGGGAACCCCACAGAAAUCACUAAGUUAACAUUUCAACUUCUAUUUUAUUUGACUUACAUGGUAAAAGAGGUUCUUUAAAAUGUAUAAUCUGCCACUAUUACAUAAUUUGGUUUCAUUUUGUUUACCUAUAGUGUGAAUUUAGUAUAUUUAACUUACCUUUUGUUACUUUUAACAUACUGUUUGUUUCGUUAGUUUUUAACUGAAGAUGGACUGUUAAAAUUGUAUAGGACCAGUGUUUCCUAAGCAUAAUUAACAUAUUUAGAAGAGCUACAAGAAACCCAUGACAAAAUGAAUGUGAAUAUACUUUCUAAAAUAUUUUAAAAAUUUUCUGCAGUAUGUAAAAUUAUUCUAUUACAAUAUUGAAAAUUAUUUAAAGACAAUGCCACAAAAUAUUUGAACUGAUGAGCCACAGAACUUCAGUUGAAAUUUUUUUCACUUUUUAUCAUGCUAAAUGUAUAUCUAAGUUAAAAUUCUGAUUGAUGGCCAUUUAUAAAUUCAAACACGACCACUGGUCAGUUUUAUAUAAUAGAAGUAUGUUAUCUGCAGUGUAAGUACAGCACACUGUCAAAUUCUUUUCCUUGAGGUGCAUUGUAAAUGUACAGAUAGUCAUAGGCUACUGUUUUGUAAUGUAUUACAUUUCUAAUCUCUUAUUCCCAACCUAUCAUAAAUGUUUGCAGAGACAAAACAAUUUUUCUAAUGAUCUGUAAAAUUAUGCUAACUUCUUCAAGUAGGCAUUCUAAAUAAAAUUUUUAAAAAGAA